UACUACACACACUGAGACAGACACUACUACUACACUGAGACAGACACUACUACACACACUGAGACAGACACUACUACUACACACUGAGACAGAAACUACUACACACACUGGGACAGACAGGACUACCAUACGUAGAGCUGCAGAGACAACGCGAUAGGGAGAGACGCGCUCUGAGACGUAACGAUAAGUCGGACGGACAGCGCAGAGAGACUCGCACAGGUGUGGGCCUAGGCCACUCAACAGGGGGGAGGCGGCUUGAGCAGCAGCAACAAACAACGUUGGUGGUGGUGGUGGGAGACGCGGGGAGCAGGGGGGAGGGACACGGAGAGAGAGGGGAGAGAGAGCAGCAGCAGGAGGAGGAGGAGCGGGAGAGACAAAGAGGGGGGCGAGUGGCGUGCUGGGAGCUCUCAGUGUGCAGGAAGGCAGAAGGGAAGGAGGAGGAGGGCUGCAGGCCAUGCUCAGCAUGCAGAAGGACACCACCUUCACCAAGAUCUUCGUGGGCGGGCUGCCCUACCACACGACGGACGCGUCCCUGCGCGCCUUCUUCGAGGCGUUCGGGGAGAUCGACGAGGCCGUGGUCAUCACGGACCGGCAGUCGGGCAAGUCCCGGGGUUACGGAUUCGUAACCAUGGCAGACAGGGCGUCGGCAGAGCGGGCGUGUAAAGACCCCAACCCCAUCAUCGACGGACGCAAAGCCAACGUCAACCUGGCCUACAUCGGGGCCAAGCCCAGGGUCAUCCAGCCAGGCUUUGCGUUUGGUGUUCAGCAAAUUCAGCCGACGUUUAUUCAAAGACCGUACGGGCAGCACUUAGAGAUAAGAUAAGAGCCUCUGCAUUGAGAUGCGCUACAGUCAGCUGCACAGUAGGGCGCCUAGACAGAGGUCCUCAGGCAAUGCCAAAAGUAUGUUGCAUGUUGGUCUGUAUUUUUUGCUGUGCUGUACAAAUAGCUUGAAGUGGUGUUUUUUUUUUAAAUUACAUAGCUUCUUAUAUCUAUCUUUUAAUAUUUGUGUUUUGUUUUCGUUUUGUGUGCACUAACUGAAAAAAAGCCUUUCAUAGCAGUGUGGUAGCUUUUGGUGAGUUGGGUGUCUCAUUCUCUCCGCCAAUUUGUUUUGCCUCUCUUAGUUAUUUACUGCCACUGUGCGUGUGUGCGCGCGCGUGCACUCUGCCACUGCUGUGUGUGCGCGGUGGUUACGUCUGUACUGCAUGUGACAUGGUGUUUUAAAAUCAAUAACUUUUGUCUUUUUAUUAUCCAUCCCUCUUCUCCCACAAUCCUCUCUGACCGGUCAAGGUUUUUUUUUUGUCCUUUUGCCGGACGGAGCGGGCGUUAGCGACGUGCGGCAUAACGUAGACAUUUUUUGAGCGUAGCAAUCGGUUUGGCGAUUUUUUUUUUUAUUAGCCUCCCCCAGGUGUUCGAUUCAAAUCCCCCCCCCGCUCCAGCAAAUUGCCGAUCGUCGCUCGCCCAUUGUGCAGGCUGGUUGUCCCCCGUAAGAAGAAAAACCUAGUGGUGAUCCUAGCGACACAAGACGCUCGCCAUCGUGGAGCCAUUGCUCGUGGUCUCUGUGAAUGUUCGCUUGGUGUUUUUCAGAGUGGUAUCGUUUGCACGUGUAACAAGCCUGUAUUAUGGGGGUGGUGCCACGAUGUUAACUACUUCGCCUGGUGUACAGGGGGUCGUGGGUUCGAUCCCAACCCUGACACCUGUGUUUUUGGAGUUUGCGUGUCUAUCCCCGUGGUCACGUGGAUAUUUCUCUGGGUUCCUCCGGUGUUUUCCCUCCCUUUUAGAAUCGGCGUGCAUUUUGAGUAUUUGGCUGCUAUACAUUUCCACGUGCUAAGCCUCUGCGUUGAGCUAUCAUUUGUGGCCAGGUCCCUUCUAAAAAAGAGCUCUAUAGCUCGAUGGGCCUUAUUUGGUCAAAUAAAAAGUUGAAUAGUCUAGUUUCAGGGAAUUGCUGAAAAACCACUGACGAUUGUUAGUAUUUUGUGCAAAGCCAGGUUGAGCAUUAGUACAGGGCUCCAUUAUGGUUACGAGUCUUCCUCUCGCUGCAUAAGAGACUCGAGCUGAAACGACACUUACGUUCACAUCACAACCAGGCUCAACGAAGCGUAAUUUUGCUUCAACAAUAACCCAGUAAAUUAGAAAGUUUUAGUUAAUCGUGAACUAACUAGUAGACUUACACUAUUAGAGUACUUUUAUUGAAGGUAGUUGCCUGAUGGGCCACUUGUCAUAUUAAUUGUGCCUCAUGUAGUUAUCAAAUUAAGUUGCCUUCAACUCUAAAUUAUUAACAUCUCGUCAUGAAAUAAACACCAGAAUGACUUGGAGGAUGAUUGCUGCUAUUAUGCAACAAUAUAAAAACGCGAGUGUGCAGUGUCAUAUUGGCAGGAAAUGAAAGUAUUUCGGCCCACUGGUCAUCCUCAGAAGAUGUAGAGUGUUAGUCUCCAUCAAUUAAGACUCUAAACCAUCUCCUUCCUGAAGAAUGUCAUCCUGCACACACUGAGGUCUGCCUUUCCUCUCGAUGACUGACAGAUCCGACCCUGUUUACAUUUCUUGUCGAACCAAAUUAUUUAUCUUCUAAAGCUCCCCGGUGUGUGUUUCUGGUCAUACCACGUGUGUUCUGCACGGUGUGAGGUUUUUUGGGAGCUUCUUAAAAAGCUCCCGGCGCUUGGAGCAAAACGUCGGACAUCGUACCGAACACCAACCCGGCAGCACGACCAGAGGCACCGGGGGAGCUUUACAGCGCAACCGCAGAAACUAAUGCGGUCGUAUUCAUUUUGUAAGCUCACCAAAGUGUAAACCUCGCAUCGUUUUCUAGACCUGGCAAAUUGCGUUUGUAGCGUAUAGCGGCGGUGCACGCACUCGCGAGAGGACACUUGUCAUCCAGUGCGACUUUAUAAAUACUGUCCUGCAUAAUGCCAAAGGCAGCUGCUGAUUUCCCAGCAGGGCUGGAGACGUAGGGACCCAGAGUGAAUUAUUUAUACCAUGGGCCGCCACCGCGUCGGUGCGUGACCGCGUGCGCCG